AUGUCUACUACCUGGUGGUCGCGGUUAAACAAGAAACAGGAAGAGAACCAUGCUUCCGAGUCACAGCUCACCGAAAAGGAUCAGAGGAUUCAGACGCAACCAAACGAUGAUCCUAACCUUAAUCCUGGAGAGCUGACCUUUGAAGAAUAUACUGCUGGAGGUCUCGGUCGUCACCUUGGUGUAACUUCUUGCACUCUCCUUAUCGUUGGACGGAUCGUUGGCACCAGUAUAUUCUCAACACCGUCCUCCAUCCUCUCCAGCGUGGGCUCAGUCGGUGCCUCGUUCAUGCUCUGGGCUUUCGGCUUCUUUUUUAGUCUCUGUGGCCUCUUCAUAUGGCUUGAAUUCGGCACCAUGUUUCCUCGCAGUGGUGGAGAGAAGGUAUACCUUGAGGCCGUCUAUACAAAGCCCAAGUACCUUGCCACCGUAGUAUUCGCUGUCUACUGUAUAUUACUUGGAUUCACUCCAACCGGUUGUAUCGUUUUUGCUAGCAAUAUCUUGGUUGCCGCUGAUCAGCUCGUAGGUCGCUGGAAUGAACGUGGAAUUGCACUGGGGGUCAUCUUCUUCGUAACCCUUCUACACGGAUUGACCCCAAAGACCGGCGUGCUGAUCAUGAACUUGCUCUCGAUAUUCAAGAUCCUAAUUCUCCUAUUUGUUGUGAUCGCAGGUUGGGUAGUUCUCUCUGGUAAAACCCGCGUCGCAGAUCCACACUAUAAUUUCAGAAACGCGUUCGCGGGGAGCUCCACGAGCAGCAGCGGUUAUGCUGCCGCUACCUUUAAAAUCCUGAACGCAUAUGCGGGAUGGUCUAACGUGAACUACGUGAUGAACAAUGUCCGUAAUCCAGUGAGGACGCUCAGGAUCGCGGGCCUGCUCGGUCUUGGUAUAUGCGCCGUUUUGUACUUGCUUGCAAAUGUGGCUUAUUUCGCAGCUGCAACCAAGACAGAAAUCGACGAGUCUGGUGUUACUGUUGCUGCUUUGUUUUUCGAGACCGUCUUUGGUUCUGCUGCGGAGCGUGUGCUCGCAGUUUUCAUUGCUCUUAGUGCUCUUGGAAACGUUAUUACUGUGACUUUUGCUGCGGCACGAGUAAACCAAGAGCUCGCAAAGGAAGGGAUACCCCUACCAUUCGGAAACAAAUUCUGGGCUUCAAAUUGGCCCACAGGGAAGUCCCCCCUUCCGGGAUUGAUCAUCCACUUGAUACCCUCCGCCAUCACUAUAAUCGCACCUCCCCCAAACAUUGCUUUCCCCUUCAUUUUGGAUAUCGAAGGAUACCCACAGCAGAUUAUUGACUUCUUUAUUGUCACCGGUCUGUUCUAUCUGAGAUGGAAGAAGCCAGAUGCUGUUCGGCCAUUCAAAGUAUGGUGGCCUUUCGCCGUAUUCUUCUUGGUUGCUGCUGCCUUCCUCCUCGUUGCUCCCUUCCUGAGACCACCCGGCGGCGUUGGUGACACCCCACCAUUACCAUAUUACCUGUACUGCCUUGUUGGAAUCACUAUCAUGUUUGCAGGCGUGCUGUACUGGGCUGUAUGGCGAAUCAUUCUUCCCAAGGUAUUUGGGUAUGAGCUUGUACUGAGGAAGGAGGAGUUGGAUGAUGGAACUGUUGUCGCUGUAUUUUCGAAUCAGAAGAUCCAGCGAUCUGGGGAUUGA